AUGAAAGUGUUGAAACCAGAAGACCAACUAGAUUCCGAAUGGCUUUGGCAAUAUGAUGAUGGUGAGAAGGAGAUAAACGUGUUCGAUGCUCCUGAUAAACUAUACAUGACGUUCGGAGUAUUUUAUUUGGAUAGGCUGGCUACUGAUACAGAACUUUCAUUACUUUUAGUUACUGAAGAGCUUACAAAGUUAGUGCAAGAAUGGCAGAGCCGAUACCCCUGGUCUGAAUUCCAAGGUAUUUCAAUGAAUAUACGGACAACAGAGGACAAUGUACCUUAUACGUUUGGACAAAUUUGUGUGGAGGAUAACGUUCAUGAUGAAGAGCUUCUAAUGACUAAUCUAUUAUAUGAGUUCUCAAGUAAAAUGGGACCUCAAGUUUUUAUCAAAAUUAGUGAUACAGAGGGUGACUUCAUAUUAUCUGAGAUUCAUGAUUUUAUACCUGAAGAGUACGAAUAUCCAAUUCCGAACAAUAGAUUUUGGCUUCAUGAAGGAAAAUUCAAGAUGAUACCAACAUAUUUUUAUGAUGGCAGGGGAUUAAAAAAGGGAGAGGCAUUGGAUUUUCUACGAAAGGCAUACUUUAAAUUGAUUGAACUCGAGUCACUAAAUGUUGGGAUAAAGAGCAAAAUUUUAGAUAACUUUCCAAACGGUAUUUUAGAUAAUCUGGUAAAGUUGCCUUUAAAGAUAGAAUCUCAAGAAUUUUAUGAUAUACUGACGGAAAACCCCCAACUAAUUAGUUUUCUCAUCAAGAACCUAAUACAUCCAGUCGAGGAAAACGAAGAUGUUGACUUUCAACUCGAAAAAGAAGAUGAACAGGACAAUUGUCGCCAGUUGGAACUACUUGUUCCAAGAAAUCAUUGCGAUUUACUUUCUCUUUAUCUCGAUACUCAGAAUCUAAAGACUGACAUAGAUAAGAUCCCAUUACACAGCAGUAGAGCCCUAUUCCACGUAUUUCAAUAUUUGGUGGAAAAGAAGACGUUAGAGGUGGUGGAGUCUGAAAGAACCAGAGAGUCUGAGGAAAAGUUAACCCAAGAAAGUGUAUUAAAUUUUUUCAACUUUGAACAGGCUUCUUUAGAAGCUAAAUUCCAAGCAAAUACAGAUGUCGAACCUACCGAGGAGUUGAUGGAUAAGUUAACUGCCUUUUUUGGAGAGAGUGAUAAAAUUGAUAUAACUAAUGAAGAUGUGUUUAAGAAAAAUAAUGAAGAAGCUUUAAAUGAGGAAGGUAUCGAUUCUCAAGCUAAGAAUUACUUUCAGGAACAAAAUGUUGAUAUCGAUGAAGAUGAUUUCUUUGAAUAUUUCCUAAAGGGGGCCUUGAAAUUAAAGGGAGAGAAAAUAGAGGAAUUUCGUCGACAUCCUAGCAUAAUUACAACUGAACAUCCAGAGAAAGAUGAAAUAGAUAUUGAUGUCGAAAAUGAAUUUGAGGAGAUGUUUCCUGAUAUGCAAUCGAAGGAGAACGUUCCAGAUUCCUUAAAUGAGCUAUUUAAAUCCCUCUCUGUUGAUGGUGCUCCAACAGGUCCAUUUCAAAGUCUAUUAAGGAAUUUGAAGAAUGAAACAAAGUAA